AUGAAUUUAUGGUCAUGGAUCAAUAUGAUUGUGAUAGGAACCAUGAGUAGAGACGUUAUGGCGCGAUUUCUCAAGCGGAAAGCGGAUACAUCUUCCGAACUAAUUGAUUUGGAUACUCUUCCUUCGGAUCCUUAUGAUCGCAAGCCGAUAGAAUCAUAUAACGUGAAUCAAAAGGAUGCGAUUAGAAGGGCAUAUAUACUAAGAGGACCGUAUCAACCAAGAGGUAUCGAAUUCCCACAAACAAAGUUUCAAGGUGACGAGUUAAGAAAAUUUAAGGAAGAAUGGUAUGACAAACAUGAGUAUAAAGGAUGGUUAGAGUAUAGCUCAAAAUCGGAUCGCGUGUUUUGCUUAUGUUGCUAUUUGUCUAGGAGCCACUUCGGAGAUGGUAGAGACACAUUUGUGUGCGGUGGGUAUAACAAUUGGAAAAAGGUACAUGCGUCACUUAAAAAACAUGUUGGUUUAGUUAAUAGUUUACACAACAAAUGUUUCCAAAUGAGUGCCGAUUUAGUUAACGAAAAUCAAGCGGUACACACACAAUGGGACAAUAGGACCCCUAAGGAGAAACGUGAAUACCGACUUAGACUUAGUGCUUCUACUUUGCUUGGGAAAAGGUUGUUGAAUGGCGGAUUGGCGUUUCGUGGACAUGAUGAAUCAAAAGAUUCAUUAAAUAAAGGGAAUUUCUUAGAACUUUUAGAACUCAUGGGUGAAAUGAAUGAAGAGCUUGCUAACGUUACUUAG